UGGGUUGUGCUGGCAGCAGUGUGGGAGGGGUCUGAUCCCAGGCUUAGCCCCUUAUAGACUGUCUGCCAUGUCAUUAAACCAUCUCUGUGCCUGGAUAGGAUUUCUUUCUUCUUUUGCUAGUGCUGCGUAACAUCCUUACAACAGUGAUCACUGCACAUCCACAGCAUCCACAAGUGCAGACAUCAUUCUCAGAUUUAGACAUCAACUAGGGAUUAACAUUGUCUUUUGUAAACGAAGAUGAAGCCUUGGGGCCUUGUUCUAGUGCUGAUCAACCUUUGCUGGAUACGGCAUGUUCAAGCAGAGUUCUUCACCUCCAUAGGUCAGAUGACCGACCUAAUUUACAAGGAGAGAGACCUCGUUCAAUCUUUAAAAGAAUACAUCAGAGAAGAAGAGGAACGGCUGUCUAAAAUUAAAAGAUGGGCAACUCAAGUAGAUGAACUAACCAGCAAGUCAACUGCAGAUCCAGAAGGGUAUCUCGGCCAUCCUGUGAAUGCUUACAAGUUGGUGAAGAGACUAAAUACAGACUGGGUGUCACUGGAAAAUUUAGUGCUUCAGGACUCAGCAAAAGGCUUUAUUGCAAACCUCACGUUUCAGAGAGAAUUCUUUCCAAGUGCAGAAGAUGAAACCGGAGCAGCCAAGGCUUUAAUGCGUCUGCAGGACACUUAUAGGCUUGAUCCCGACAUCAUAUCCAAAGGAAAACUGCCAGGAACUGACUACAUCUCAUCAUUGUCAGCGGAUGACUGCUUUGGCAUGGGAAAAAUUGCCUACCAUGAAAGUGAUUAUUACCACACUGUACUAUGGAUGCAGCAAGCUCUGAAACAGUUGGAUGAAGGCGAGGAAGCUGCUAUUAGUAAAGUAGAGGUUCUAGACUAUCUCAGUUACACAGUUUUUCAGCUUGGGGACCUUCAAAGAGCCGUUGAACUCACCAGAAGGUUACUAGUUCUAGAUUCUAGUCAUGAACGAGCUGGAAAUAACUUGAGAUAUUUUGAGAAAUUAUUGGAAAAAGAGACUUCAGAAAAGAAGCUAAAUAAGACGUCCACCACUGAGGCUCCAACAACAAAAGACGGGAUUUACAGCAGACCCCUGGAUUACCUGCCUGAGCGCGAUACCUAUGAAGCGCUGUGUCGCGGGGAGGGAGUGAACAUGAACCCCAGAAGGCAGAAACGGCUUUUCUGUCGGUAUCACGAUGGAAAUAAACAUCCUCUUCUAGUCUUAGGUCCAAUUAAGGAAGAAGAUGAGUGGGAUACUCCUCAUAUUGUUAGAUAUCUUGAUGUCUUAUCAGAUGAAGAAAUUGAGAAGAUAAAGGAACUUGCUAAACCAAAAUUACGAAGAGCCACGGUGCGUGACCCUAAAACUGGUGUCCUAACGGUUGCCAACUACAGAGUGUCUAAAAGUGCCUGGUUGGAAGAAUAUGAUGAUCUAGUUAUUGCACGUGUGAAUCAGCGUAUGCAAGCGAUUACAGGUCUCACAGUUGACACUGCUGAAAUGCUUCAGGUUGCUAAUUAUGGUAUGGGUGGGCAGUAUGAGCCUCAUUUUGAUUUUUCAAGGCGUCCCUUUGACCUCAAUCUCAAAUCGGAAGGAAAUAGGCUUGCAACAUAUCUUAACUAUAAAACAGAAUCUGAAGCAUUCAAACUUUUAGGAACUGGGAAUCGUGUGGCUACUUUUUUAAAUUAUAUGAGUGAUGUAGAAGCCGGAGGUGCUACAGUAUUUCCAGAUUUUGGAGCAGCAAUUUGGCCUAAAAAGGGUACAGCAGUUUUUUGGUAUAACCUCUUUAGAAGUGGAGAAGGAGAUUAUAGAACAAGACAUGCAGCAUGCCCAGUACUAGUUGGAAGUAAAUGGGUUUCAAAUAAAUGGUUCCACGAGAGAGGACAAGAAUUCUUGAGACCUUGUGGAUUAACAGAAGUUGACUGAAGUCCAGUCUUUAAAAGUUAUUUUUUUUUAAUUAUUUGUUUGAGAACCCUUUUGUUGUAUUAGAUUUCUGUUAACAAUUACUGUGAAGCCAAACAGACUUGUUGAAAUCCAAAGAUAAUUUCCAAAAUUAAGGAGGAGUUCCGGGAAGAAAGUGCAAUGUAUUAUUAUAAGCUCAACAACACCAAGAUUAAUGUUGCAGUGUAUAAGAAAGGGAUAUGGUAAAAUGUGUAGUUACUUUCAUCCUCUUUUCUACUUGUGAUUGGAUGCAGUAUUAUUCCCUUAUCAAGCAAAGUUAUAUUGAAAUCCAAUGUUCACACGCUGUGUAUGUUUUUUUUUUUUUUUUUUAUAAUUGUGUUGUAGAACAAAAUGUAAGGAUUGAUUGAGUCCAAUAGAGCAGCUAUGAACCGUAUUCUGUGUUACUGCAGAGAUCUGUAUUUAACAGCACUAUUAAGUUAUUACUUGAGAUUAUUUCUUCACUUGUAAAUAAGGAAUUUGCAGCUGAUGAUAAAGGUAAAGGAAAUAGUAUUCACACAGCAGGUGGCUAAUAAUUUGUCAUUGAACAAAUUCAUUUCUUAAUCAGGCUCCCAGUGAUCACACAUGAUAAGCUUGUGCUGCUAGGAUAGGAUAUUGCUGUUUGGAUAAAACUGCAUACAGCUUGUUCAACUCUUUUGGUGUAACUAUACCGUAGGGCAAGAUUUAUCAAUUUGCGAGUGGACAGGGUUCACAAGUUGUGAACCUGUCUGCACUUGAUCGCAAAUUGUGGCGCAGAUAUGUUCACCAUAUUUAUCGUUGCACGACAGAACACUCGUGCAAUGAUGCCCCCUCUACCCAAUUGUAUGAGAGAAGGGCUUGUCAAUCACCUCAGUCGAAUAAAUCCAGGGUGAUUUUCAUCCGCCAACUCCAGUUUGGCGGAGAGAGUUUAAGAAGCAGUGGUUUAAACUGCUGCUUCAUAAAUAUCAGUUGCAGGUUCAAAUGAGCGAGCCUGCAACCGAUCGGGGCAUUCGCAUCAUCAUAAAUCUUGCCUGCAGUAUGCUGUGAAUGAACAGACGUGUUACGUAACAUACAAGAGAAAAGUAUGCUAUAGAUAUUUCUAAACAAAAAUAAAAUAAACCUUGAUGAUGCUUGGUAUAACUUGACAUAAAUGUAAUUUUAUGCCCACUUAUACAGUGAAUUAUUAAUCUUGGUAAAAGUAUCUCUUCAAUGUUUAAAAGAUAUAUAUAUAUAUAUAUAUAUAUAUAUAUAGUUAUAUAUAUAUAUAUAUAUAUAUAUAUAUAUAUAUAUAUAUAUAUAUAUAUUGGUGGUCUCUUGUUUUUUUCUAUUUUUCCAAAUACAAUUUAAAUGAGUUAAAUUCUACAUUUGUUUUUCUUCCACUUAUACACACCUUCAACACAGAACUGAUGGUGUAAUUAGAACCAGGUGAAAUUGUAAUGUUCUUUAAGUCUUUUAAGUUAACUAACGCGUCACGUAUGGUUUUAUGCUGAAGAAUUGUGCAGGACAUAGUGAUGACCAGCUACAUGCCUAGAAGGAUCAUUUGAGUAAAGGUCAGAAAGUAGUGAUUACCAUUUUACAUAUGUUGUCUGUUAUCUCGUCAGAUACUAAAGCCUGACAUUUUAUAGGGUUCUUGACCUGGAGUUAGAUACCACCAGUUUGUGGAACAUAUAUCAGUUUAACACAAAUUAUCUUCACAUGCUAUGAAUAUAUUGCAUUAUUCUGUAUAUUAUUUUUAAUUAACCUAACAAAUGUUUCAGUUACUAAAACACACAUACUAAGCAUUGUCCAACUAGUAUUAUUAAUGAAUCUUUAUUCUAUAAAUAAAUAGCAUUUUGCUGUUUUUUGGUUUUUUUUUACUUUAAUUUUGAUUAACCACCCAGUUGAAUGCACAUUUUACAUUUUUAUAACACUAACUGAAUAAAAUAAAUGUACAAAUUGUCAGUACCCCCAAAGAGUGACUUGUAGAGCUGUAGUAUAAGUCUGUAAACAUUGGGCCUACUUGUAGGCUUAGGUAGCGGUUCUAUUUCUGUAACAACAUGGGUGAGGUAAAUCACUUGGUUUAUUUUCUUUGAAAGGUUUAAAUAGCAAAAAAUAGAUAUAUUUUGCCCAAUUUAACGGUGUGUUUCAAACUGUAUCCAAUUUACAAAAUAAUGCAAGUGGAGCAUAGCUGGUUGAAAAUCUUUUUACUUUGUCAUAGACAAUUAUUUUAUCAACUUAAGCACCAAUUCAACUUCCAUUUUCUUUUCUUUUUUUUCCUCCAGUUUUUACAUUGUCAUAAUUAUUUAUCCUUUUUUGCGCUCUGUUGUGGUAAUUAUAUCUAUAAGAAUUUAAAAUAAAAAAAACACGUAAAAUGGCUUCACUUGAAGAAUGUGGAAACCAUGUUUGUAUUUUUUUACUUUUUAUAAAAACAAAAUGUGAAUAUAUAUAUAUAUAUAUAUAUAUAAAUCUAGCUACCAUAUACAUAUCUAUGGAAAUUGCUGGUGUUAUGUAUAUUGAAGUAUAAGUUUAAAUACAAGAAAACCGAGGUUAGACUGGUACUUGACGAGGAAAUGAUGAAUUCCUACAACCCCUUUUUUAGCUCUUUUUGUAUUUAGAAGCUAGAGGAAUACAGCUAGUCUGAGGCUGUAUUGCAAAAGCUAAUGAUGCCUAUGUGUGCUGGCUGCUAAUAGAGAGUUGGUGCUCUGUGCAUGCACAGUUUUUCUUUUAUCUUUCCUGUAUGGCAGCGUGGCGUGAACUUCUAUAAACAUAAAUGGCUUGAGUACUGGAGCAUAUGAUUUACCAUGCAACUAUCUGUGUUUAAUUACUGACAUGAUCAUAUACUGAAUGCCUGGAAAAAAAACAAAUGACUGAACAAUUUAUAUGAAAGGGAUUGGAAGUGAUCCAUUAAAAUCUGUGAAUUGCUUCCAUGUCCUAUUAAUUAGAAUAUAUUGUAUAUUGCCGCAGUGUAAUUUAUUUUAUCCUGAGUCAUUGUUCUGCACAAUUCCAUAUGUGUCCUACCAACUUUAACUAAGACUUGUGGUUCUUUUCAUUUGUAUUUUAUUGGUGCUUUUGGUUUACUUGGGCAGACAGAUGAUUCCUAUGACUAUAUUUUUUUAUUGUUUUGGGAUAAUUAAAUUGUUUUUAAAGUCA